AUGCGCUGGGCGGUGACCGAAGCUAUUCGGGAUAUGUACCUGAAGUGCGCGGAGGAGCACGACAUACUUGGUGAGUUACAGGAGCUCGCACAAACAACGAGGAAACGCUACGUUCAAGCCAAGAUCGACUUUCGCAAGACAGGCAAGUGGGACAAGGAAGUCAAAACGCCCACCGAGCCAGCUACGUUUUCAAGCAAGGUCGUUGAGCUGUCAGCCCACGGCAUGGGCAGGGUGUGCACCCGCAUGCGCCAGCAUGCACGCAACAAGGAGGCUCGCCAACCUGACCCACAGGGAAUCGAGCGUUUCUUCGGCGACCGAGUGCCAACACGGCCAUCAUUCAUGUCUGCCACUGCGGCUCACACUCUUCUCAAUCUGCAGUUUCGCCUCAUGGAGGGAAACUGCCGGCUGUACCUUCGAGUGGCGGCCCGAAAGGCAGCAGCGCGCAGUUCGCGAGCCGGUGGCGGAUGUCUUGCCAGCGUGCUGUCCAAGAACGUGCGCAGCAUCCGCACAAACGGACACAUCGCAUACCUGAUCCAGAAGAAGGCACCUGCGACCUCCACCGCGACCUCCAGUUCCCGCAGCACUGGCACAUCAAAGAAGGCGGGGAAGACUGAGGCAACUGAUGUGAAGCCCGAUGUGUGUCGAGUGGUGGGGUUGGACCCUGGUACACGUAAGCCGCUCGUCGCCGUAAGGCUGGGAGACGGAAAGAAGUACACAGUUAGCCAGGCGCGACUAGUGUCUGAGUGCGGAGUGAAGGCUGGCAGAACUUCAGCUCGUGGUGCCACGUCGACAGAUGGUGACGAUGGUGACAACGAUGGUGACGAUGACGAGGGUGACGACGUCAAUUGUGAUGAUGAUGAUGAUGGCGCCAUCAAAGACAGUAAAGUAGGACACGGCCACCCUGAGGACAGGGGCGGUGAUGAUGCAAAAGGUGCUUGUGAGGACGCAAGCUCAGGGGACGACGGGCGCGGGCCUCCGGCUUUGUCCGGUCGGCGGCUGAAGCGCAAGCUUCACACCCGGAUGAAGGCAAUCCGACCGUAUCAGCAAAGAGCUUUGGCGGCGGCUGGGGCCAAUGUGCAUCGUGGUCGGGGUGGUGGCGCAAAGUCCAGCACCCUUCGGCUCAGAAGGAUGCUGGAAGCUCGCGCCCCUUUGCAGACAGUCGAUGAGUUUCGAACCACGCGCUACUCCCUGUGUUGCGCGUGGCCUCGCGACAUUGACGCGUCCAGGCAGUCCCGGUGCAAGUCUUGCGGCGACACCCGCGAUCGCGACGCGGCAGCAGCGGUCACCAUCGCGUGCAGAACCCUGACGGCGCAAGCGGGGGGGAACCUGGGCGUGUGGCAGCGGCGUACUUGCUCGCCGCAGAUACCAGACCGCCACAAUGCCUUGCGUCGCACGCAUCGUCGUGUGCAGCGCAUGUGGUCCGUCCGCAUGCGAGCUGCCACCGUCGCCAACCGUCUUCUGAAGCUGAACUCCAGGCUAGGGAAGACCUCACCUCACCGGCAGUGACGCAGUCGUGUACCUUUCUUGCGUGUUAGCAUUUGUUUGGGUAUCACUGGCCCGCAAUGCGAUGUACUUGUUGGUGCGCGUGUUAUGCAUACACAUUCCACAAGUCGUCACGAAGAGACAGAUACAUCGUGUACAAGCAAAGCUGGG